CUUCAUUACCGACGAUCAACUGAUGAAUGAGAUGCACUGUUAGGGAAGUAACAUUACAGGUGAGGCAUAGAGUUUCAUGGUGGACAUAAAAGUUAAAUAUUAUGAUUGCUCCUUACGAUAUUUAGGAUAAACGACUGACGAAUCUUGUAAUUAGCAUCUAUAUUUAUCUGACGCAUUCGUACAAAAUGCGAAGUUCGGAAAUGUGGCAUUACAGUUUCCUGUUCUAUACUUUUGGGUUUCAUGCUCUAAACAGCAAGUUUAGGAUUCUGUCAGUUUAUCAGGAAAAUUGGGUAAAAUGUAAACAAUGUUCUUCCAGAUAAUCUGGAAGAAUUUAGAAUAAAUAUCGAUCUACUAAAUAUGUGGACAUAAACUGAAUUAUUAAAAGUUAGAAACAUGAUUUGGAGCUUGCCUUUCCUUUUUCUAGGAUUAUGUAUGAGAACACACUCCUACGAGGUGUUAGAUCUAUAUCAAAAUUUUCCUGAAAUUAGAAAAAACGGUGGAUUCUGGUUGGUGAAAUUCUAUGCUCCUUGGUGUGGACAUUGUAAAAGACUGGAACCAGUAUGGAAUGAAGUAGGAGAAGCAUUAUCAAAAUCCAAUAUUUACGUACGAAAAAUCGACUGUAGUCGAUUCUCUUCUGUUGCCAAUGAAUUUGGCAUCCGGGGGUAUCCAACAAUCAAAUUCAUAACAUCAAAUGCAGCCUUUACUUUUACUGGAGAUAGGAGCAAAGAUGAGAUAAUAAACUUUGCUGUAAGAAUGGCUGGACCAGCCAUACAAGAAAUAGUAGAUCCAGAAAUUUUACCAAAAUUUUUAGCUGUGAACAAACUAUUUUUUAUGUAUAUUGGUGAUCAAAAAGGGCCCUUGUGGAACUCUUACAAAGAAGUUGCUAAGAAAAUGCAGCCACAUGGAUACUUUUAUUCUGUAAAUGAAAAUUUGGUAAAGUCACAUAUUAAUGUGUCAGAUGUACCUUCCAUUUUAGUAUAUAAAGAUAGUAAACCCCUCUUUUUCUCUGGGGAAAAUUUAGAAAAGAAAAAACAGGUUAAUGCUUCCUUAUUCAAAUGGGUAAAUGAGGAACGUUACCCAACAUUCACAAAAGUAACUAUAGGAAACAUCAAUGAAAUAAUGCACAUAAAAAGCAUUGUGCUAGCUAUAGUAGAUGAGAAACAACUCCAAAACAUAGGAAGUGAAAUGGAGGGUAUCAAAAAUUUGUUGGAAGAUUUUGCUAAAGAGUUCAGAAAUAAGUAUCAUAAGUAUUACCAGUUUGGUUGGAUAGGUAGUCCAGAUUUGGCUAACAGUAUUGCCAUGCAAACUCUUCCACUGCCAUAUAUCAUGGUCUUAAAUUCAUCUACCUAUGAAUACUAUGUUCCAGAGGAAGAUAUUUCUGAUAUAGACUCCAGAAAAAUAGAUGCUUUUUUGGAGAAAAUCCUCAGUCAUUCCAUACCAUCUUAUGGCGGUAAUAGUUUCUUCACAAGAAUCCGUAGGGGAAUUUUUGAUGCAUAUGUAGCAUUCUCAGAGAUAUGGAGUACAAAUCCAAUUUUGGGUAUGGUUCUAUUUGGACUGCCCAUGACUGUACUAAGUUUUGUCAUCUACACAAUUUGUUGUGUAGAUUUUGAUGCUGGAGAGCAGGAAGAAGAAGAAGAUGAUGAUGAUGAAGAUGAUCAUGAUAAAAAGGACUGAGGGAUAACUAGUCAUAUUUUAACAAUAAGGGAUCUGUUAAUUGAUUUUAUUGUAUAAAUUAGUUAUAAUUAUGAAAUAUAAAGUAUUAGUUUUUAGCAAUUACUCAUUUUAAACUGCAUGAAUUAUGAAAUAGAUUAAUCAGAAAUUACAAAUAAUUUCAAAAAUUAUAAAUCUUCAUCAUCAGAAUCCAAUGCAGCUCUCCUUCUGUCAAAUUUGACAGAUGUUUUACUUUGUGUCCGGCUACUAACAUUUUCUAGUAAUUUUAUCAACUCAUCUUCAGUAACCCUAGAACAGAUCUGCCCUGUCUGUGCCAUCUGUAGCAGUAAGUUUUCCACCAUUUUUCCUUUUUCUGGCUUACCCAGCAUCAAAGUAUUUACUGGAACAAAUAAUGUUUAAAUAAAUUUUCAUUUUUUAAAUGUACUAUUUUAAUAAACAGCUAAUAAAUUCAAAAAAUAUUAAGAAAUAUAUCAAUAUUUGUUGAGGUUUUGUGCUGUGAUUAUAAAAAUUCAAUUCUCACAAUAGUUUUGAAUAAUUAUGGGAAACAUAAUCUACCCCCUGAAGAUAGCAAUUUGUAUUUAUAUUUAUUGUAUUUAAAUGUUCAAAAAGCCUGAAGAUACUCAAUUUAAAUAGAUUGAAGAUCCCAGCGUCAAAUAAUAUACUUUUUUUUUAGAUUUGUACUGCUUCUGUCCCAUAGAUGGUAUUAGUAUCUUUCUGAUCCCAUUGUGGACUAGAGAAUAUGACAUAAUUAUGGUUGGCUAUAUUUAGGUAGAAUGUGUUUUAUGCAAUAUAAUUAAACCAUAUAAGCUCAUGAAACAUUGUGAUUAUCAUUUAACAUUGGCAGAAUAGAUUGUGGACACAACAAAAUGGUAUCAAAAUUAUUUUUAAUUCGACAUCCUUGAUUUUUCUAUCUCUCUGCUCCUUUUUACUUAAAUCACUUGAACAAUGUGAAAGGGAGCAUCAAACAGAACAUUACUUAUGUGAAGGUUUGUAUAGAAAAAUGUAAAUUUAGUAAAGUCUGAUCAUCAAAUUUAGAAGUAUUGCAAAUAAAAAUUAGAAGUUUAUAUAUUUGUUGUGACUUUAUUCAGAAAAUAAAGGUUUGAAUUGUGUGGCUAACUUUGUCAACAAAAAAUCACUCACACCUAGCACGGGCCGCCUGGUCCAAUAUUUGUGAUAAAAUUGAAUUUUUCGCAUCUUCUCUAGCUUUGAGCUGUUCUUCUUUCAAUUUCUCGGCUUCAGCAUCACCGGUUCCCGCGUAUUGCGAUUGUAGCUGUGCACGCCUCUGUUGUCU